AUGGCGCCGGCGCUGCUGUCCAUGUCGCGAUGGCUGCCGCACGGCACGGGCCGCGAGAGCAAUAUCGAGUUGGAGCCUAUAACGGAGCAGUGGACGGAGGAGGGCAACGGGCAGCGCAGUGCGCGAUGGGGCACAGAAUUGCGCGGUGACUCCGGCACCCACACACCAGGGUACGAACCUUGCUCCCAAAGCAACCAUGGCUCCGCAUUUGACGCUGCAGCUUUGGAGGACAGGCUCAUGAACGAGCCACUCAUUGCCGACCCUACCGUCGCCGCUGCCACCGCUGCCGCUUCCGAGCCUCCGCCGGGCCUACCGAGCUGGCUCCGGGAGGUGGAUGUAGGCUCGGCGAGUACAGGCUUGACUCCGCACGUCCGGUUCGACGACUCUGGCUCCAAUCUGUCCCAGGACAUGGACGGUGCCGAACCUCUGCAUGAGUCUCGGGCCGAGCCUCCGCCGCGUUUGGAUCAGCGAACGAAACUCACGCUUGCGCUCGACGCUGCAGGGGAGCACGACGAGGAUGGCAUGGGGGCUGAUGAUGUGGACAAAGACAAACCAAUCGGAUUCCUCGAAAUUCCGGACGAGUUGAGAGCCAGUCGUGUGGAAGCAGCGUUUGCAGCAGCAGAUAUGAACGGGGAGCGGCGAGGGAGGCGGGUGUUCCGUGCGAGUGAGAGCAGUGGGAGCAGCACGGGCGGCGGGCGAGGCAAGCAGUGGGAGGGACGCGGGGCGGAUGGGGAGGAGCUGGACGAGGAUGCUUCCGAGCAGUUUCUGUUGGACAAGGAGGUUGUGCAAGCCAUGUACGAGUCAGUGACACACAUGCAGUGGCUCACGGAGAACUUCAAGAACCUGCUCGCAUUCUCGCUCUACACGUGCCUCUAUCUCACCGUGCUCUACCUGCAAGCCGACUCCUCCCGCAAUUAUGAGGUCGCCACCUCGCACAACAUCCUGCUGCCGCCUGGAGUGUCAGGUGCAGUGACCAACACGCUGAGUGGACCAGAGGACUUCUAUACCUGGCUCAACGACACCAUUCUCCAGGUGGUCUGGAAGGACCCCCCUUGUGGCAAUGGGGUGUGCGAGCGCCCCUUGGAGUUCCCAGCCUUCGGCCGCUUUGGCUGUGAGGCGGACUGCGGGGUGCUGCCGUCCCUGCGCCCGCUCACGCUGCGCCUCUCCUCCUCCUUCGCCUCGCUUGAAUACGCCCAAGCCUCCUCCUGGAACCUCUGCCCCCAGGGCCUGCCCUCCCUCUGCUGGUACGAGGCGCCUCAGGUGUUUUCUCAGGUGGCGGCGGAGUGGGAGCAGACACUGUGGGUACCGGAGGGCGACUGGGAGGUGGUGCUCUCUGCGCCCUUUGGAGGCGUCACUGGCCUCGUCUACCCCGCUGCUCAAUCCUCUCAAUCUGCUGACCUGCCCAUCGACUCGCCUGCUUACUUUGGCUCUUCUGACUCCUCCUCCUUCUCCUCCUCCUCCUCCUCCUCCUCCUCCUCCUCCUCCUCCUCCUCCUCCUCCUCCUCCUCCUCCUCCUCCUCCUCCUCCUCCUCCUCCUCCUCCUCAUCAUCAUCAUCCUCGUCCUCCCCUCAGCCCAUAGCCCAGUGGGGCGGCUGUCAAGAGGUCACCACCUCGCCGCUCACGCGCUGCCGAUCUGCGUGUGCGGUGUUGGCACGCUGUGUGCUCGAGGCGUGCCCCAACCCGCUCUCUCCUCGUGUGCUCGCGGCCGUCUUUGUCGACUGUGCUGCCGCCUGCAACGACCCGCCACACACACCGCCCGUCCCCGCCCACAACCUCACCUGCACACAGGAGGCACCCUUUCCCUACAACCACUACAGCCACUACCAUCCGCAUGGGCCAGCAGGACAGCAGGGCGUAGCUGACGACACCCUCUGGGAGGCCCUUGGUUCCUCCGACCAGCAGCGAAUCCAGAACUGCCACGUGGCAGUCGCCCGUGCGCUCUACACAGCUGUCAAGGACAGCUGUCUCGUCUUUGCCGUCCCGUUCCAGCCGCCCCUCCCCUCUGCCGCCCAAUCCUCUGCGCCCGCCCUGCUCGCCCCUGCCGCCCGGCUGCGUCUCGUGGCGUUUCUGUGCUCGCUGAUGGGCGGCGAGCAGGCGGCUCAGCGAGUGCAGGGGUGCAACUACACGCACCAUGCUUCUGGGCGGCAGCUGGUGACGCUGCAGCAGCUAAGCACUGAUGUGCCCUGGGCCCAUGCCAA